CUUCCAGAUGAUGACGCACUUUCUUCGACGAGUCCGUUCGAGCGGCCAUUUUGAUAGAAGUUUGAGGUUAGAAAAAUAGACCGGGGUAUUUGUUUUAGUUUUAUGUAAAAUACGUUUGCUCCGGGAAAUCUAAUUCUACAACGCAGAUUCUUUAUUUAACGAACUCCUGUUUUUGGCCGCGAGAACUUUGAAAAUAAGACAAGCUAAACGAGAAAACGGAGAGCGCGAAAAAACCUUCCUACCAUUCAUUGCGCGAGCUUGAGGCCCUCUUUCAUCCUUCAUGGACGAUAGUUAGCAGCGACGUUUUAUGGGACUAUAAGCGUUAAUCCGUUUAUCUGAUAUUUGUGAUAUUAUCUGUGAUAAUAAUUUGGUAGAUAACGCAUACUACGUUGUGCAUUGUUUAUAUUUGAGUUUCAAUAAAGCGCGGUGUUUGCAACGUCCCGCCGUAAAGCUAGCUAGGCUAGCUAACUAAAUUAUUUACCGUGGUGGCUAACGCAUUAGCUAGCUAGCACAAAGCGCCCACCUACUCUGACGUUCGGUACUAGCUAGCACCCACCGCGAUUUCGCAUUAAAUCAUGGAGACGUGUUAUAUUCGUGUGGCUGAGGAUGAAAACGAGGAGCCAAUGGAAAUUCCCUCAGAGGAGGAUGGGACAGUACUGCUGUCCAGCGUGGCGGCGCAGUUUCCAGGCGCGUGCGGCCUGCGUUACCGGAGCCCGGUGUCUCAGUGCAUGCGGGGGGUGCGCUUAGUGGAGGGCGUGCUGCAUGCACCGGAGGCCGACUGGGGCAAUCUGGUGUACGUAGUCAACUACCCAAAAGACAAUAAAAGAAAGAUGGAUGAAAUGGAUGCUGCUUCUGCUGUGAAAAUUAAGAGGGGCAUUCAGAAGACUUCAGACUUGAUUGUUCUUGGAUUACCAUGGAAAACAUCUGAGCAAGACCUGAAAGACUAUUUCAGCACAUUUGGAGAGGUGAUAAUGGUACAGGUUAAGAGAGAUGCAAAAACAGGAAAUUCUAAAGGAUUUGGCUUUGUAAGGUUUACAGACUAUGAGACACAGAUUAAAGUGAUGUCCCAGCGGCAUAUGAUUGAUGGGAGGUGGUGUGACUGCAAGCUCCCCAACUCAAAGUAUUUCAUGGAACAAGCUGGGCUAGACGAGCCUAUGCGGAGUAGGAAAGUGUUUGUGGGCCGUUGUACUGAGGACAUGACUGCUGAUGACCUCAGGCAGUUCUUUAUGCAGUACGGUGAAGUCACAGAUGUCUUCAUUCCUAAGCCUUUCCGAGCAUUCGCCUUUGUCACUUUUGCUGAUGACCAGGUUGCCCAGUCUCUGUGUGGUGAGGACCUGAUCAUCAAGGGCACCAGCGUACACAUCUCUAACGCAGAGCCUAAGCACAAUAAUAUUCACCACCUCUUUUCCCAUUUCCCUGGAAGAAGCGCUUCGUUGGCCGCAAUGUUCGAGCGAUCUCAGUAUCAGUACCCUUCUUCCCAUGUGUAAAUGCUUUGCCAUCAAAGAACACAGCUUCACUCUUCAUUUACUGUGUUAGACGGUGGGUGUUGUCUUUUUCUCCCCUUUUCAUGGAUAAAUCUGUCCAAUAUGUAUCGCUUUGAGAGCGAGUGAGAUGGUGAUGGAUUGUUGGUGGGCCAAGAGUGAGAGACUGAAUGAGCGAACAGACUGAGAGAGCGAACGUGAACGCAAGUGUGAAAAGAGCUGGUUGUGCAUUUAAAAAAAAAAAAAAAAAAAAAAAAAACAAGAUGACUGCAAGAUGUGAGAAGAACCUGUGUGAGCGAGUGUGAACAGCAGCAGCAUGUUUUCUGUCACAUCAUCAGAUGGACAUUCAUUAUUCCUAUUCCCCUUUUGAUCUAUCUCCUUUCCUUCCUUUUCUCAUAUAAUCAAGCUUAUAUAGUUACAGGAAUUAUAUAUGUAUGUAUUGGAAUGUCUAGCAAUCUAAGUAUUUGUAUAUUAUCCGUUGUGAAUGCUUGUAUGGUGUGUGUGUUCUAUCUCCUCCCUGUUACUGACCUCCAAGUGUGAAUAUGUGAAGUGGUGUUGUCUGUGAGAAAGCACUGGUGUGUGGGGGUGUGUGCCAGUGAGCGUGGGCUCUGAGUGUCUCGAAGGGUGAUGUGGCGGUGAAAGUUGAAGAAUCCCUAAAGAAAGGUUGCAUUUGUUGAAGUGCUUUGAAUGCCAUCUUAUGUUUUGUGAAUCAAAGGGAACUCAAAUAAAACUAAUUUGACUAGGUAUUUGACAGUGGCUUAUUUUUGAUUGCUACGAAAAUUAAUUGAAUUGCAAAAACUUAUUUAAUUCGCAUGUAUAGGGACCUUGGACUCCGCUGGCCCAGGUUUACAUCAGAUCCCAGAGUGAAGUCAGUUUUGGGGAAGCUGAAGACUGGAGUUGGUGUAGUGUUGGCGGCUCCAACACAGUCCAACUGUGGAGAUGCUGCUGAUUGCCUUAGACCUGAAAAGGGACUUCUUCACUUCACUGUAACAGGAUCCCUGGAAUCUCUAUUGAAAUUUAAAUGGACUAUUUCAAAUUGGCUGGAGCACAUAGGAAAAGAACCCCAAUUGAAAAUAAAGGGUAAAGAAUAUUGUCAUGGAACAAUGCCUGAGCCCCUCAGUCCCGUUUCAAGUGACACUCAUACUUUUUAUUUUGUAAGUGACUCAUUGUUAAAUUGUGCUAUUAGGUUUUUUUUGUUUUUUUUUCCCCUUUUGUUUGUUUAAAGCUGUCACCAAUGGCAGGUUCAUCAGUUGUAAUUUUUAAGUGGUCGUAUAUUUCUAAAAGUGGGAAAGACAUUCUCUCUCUCUCUCCCCCCAGAACAGCUGCCUGCAAGUUUUCUUGUUUCUGUCAUGAGUGAGUUGUAAAGAUCCCGGGCAGUUUGUGAAAUAUUUGGACUGUAAUCGGGAUUUGGCAGUGAAUGGUGUGAAUUUCUGGUAAUUUUCAAUAAACAGACUCAUACAAAUCUUUAAUACUGUAUUUUAAGAUUUAUCCAGUUUUCUAUAAGUUCGGUUUUAGUUAUUUAACGUGUAAAAUAAAUCAAAUUUUGCCAACA